AUGUCUUGCUACGACCUGUGCUCCACCUCUGCCUGCGGCGUCUACCGCCCCCAGCCCCUCGCUGACAGCUGCAACGAGCCGUGCGUCCGUCAGUGCCCUGACUCCACGACCGUGAUCCAGCCGCCUCCAGUCGUCGUCACCUUCCCCGGCCCCAUCCUCAGCUCUUUCCCCCAGGAUUCGGUUGUGGGAUCCUCUGGAGCACCUGUCCUUGGGGGCUAUGGGGGCUACGGGGGCUACGGGUCCCUGGGUUAUGGGGGUCUGUAUGGCUAUGGGGGCUACGGGUCCCUGGGCUAUGGGGGUCUGUAUGGCUAUGGGGGCUAUGGCUCCCUGGGCUAUGGGGGUCUGUACGGCUAUGGAGGCUCUCUUGGUUAUGGGGGUCUGUAUGGCUGUGGUAGACCCUAUGGUUCUGGCUAUUGUAGCCCUUACUCCUACUGGCACAACAGGUACAGCCGUGGCAGCUGCGGGCCCUGCUAA